AUGGGCGGCCAGAAGGACCCUCGACCCAAUUUCCUCGUCAUCGUCGCCGACGACCUUGGCUUCAGCGACCUUGGUUGCUAUGGCUCCGAGAUAGCUACCCCUCAUAUCGACUCGCUGGCCUCUCAGCAAGGAUCUCUGCGCUUCACACAGUAUCACGUUGCUGCGGCCUGCAGUCCAACUCGCUCGAUGCUCAUGACGGGAACAGACCAUCACAUUGCCGGGCUCGGACAGUUAUACGAGCUCGUUCGCAGCUCACCUGCUCACAAGGGGCAACCAGGCCACGAGGGCUACCUCAACGAAAAGGUAGUUGCUCUCCCAGAGCUGUUGUCUGAUGGAGGCUACUUCACUGUUAUGAGUGGCAAAUGGCACUUGGGUCUGCAAAAACAGCAUCUGCCUAUCAAGCGCGGCUUCAAGAAAAGCUUAGCGCUGCUGCCAGGGUGCGCGAAUCAUUACGCCUAUGAGCCUGAAUACCAGGAUCCCACCACAGAGCCGGGGCGCUUCUUCGAGACGGCAACGCGAGCGUUACAUGCAGAAGAUGAUCGCUACUUGAGCGAGAAGGAACUUGGCGAAGACUGGUACUCAUCUGACGGCUACGCAGGCCGGAUGGUUUCAUACCUGGAAAACCGCACUGAAGAGGAGCGCCAGCAGCCUUUCUUUGCCUAUCUCCCCUUCAGCGCACCACACUGGCCCCUACAAGCGCCCAAAGAGACGUGUGACAAGUACAAGGGCCAGUACGCAGACGGGCCGGAAGUGCUGCGCCAGAAGCGCCUUGAGCGACUCAAGUCUCUCGGCCUUGUUGGUCAAGAUGCAGUGGCUCACCCUGUUGUUACGACAGGGAACGAGGCAAAGAACUGGGAGUCUUUGGACGACGAAACACGCACCGCCUCCGCAAGGGCCAUGGAGGUGUAUGCGGGAAUGGUCGACCGGAUGGAUUGGAACAUUGGCCGCGUUAUCGACUAUCUGCGCAAGACGGGCGAGUAUGACAACACUUUUAUCCUGUUUAUGAGCGACAACGGCGCUGAGGGAGCCAGCUACGAAGCGACCCCCUUGGUUGGCAGCAGCGUCAUGGCCCAUGUAAACAAAUACUACGACAACAGCCUGGACAACAUUGGCCGGGGCAACUCGUUUGUCUGGUAUGGCCCUCUGUGGGCUCAGGCCGCAACCGCGCCAUCGAGACUGUACAAGAUGUUUUCUACUGAGGGAGGCUGCAGGGUGCCCCUGGUAGUGAAGCCUCAUGCGGGAAUCAACAGCCACCGUGGCAGUGAUGAUGGGGGCGUCAUCACCGAUGCGUUCUGCACCGUCAUGGACAUCGUGCCCACGGUGCUGGACUUUGCCGGGCUGAAACACCCCGGCACAGAGUACAAUGGCCGCAAGAUUGCGUCGCUGCGUGGCCAGAGCUGGAGGAGCUAUCUAGAGUCUGUCAGUGGCUGGAGCCGCAAGUCGCCAAUCCACGAGAAAGACUACGUGGCAGGCUUUGAGAUUGCGGGAUCGGGAGCUCUGCGUCGCGGCGACUGGAAGAUAACUUAUGUGCCUGCGCCCAAGGGUCCGCAGAAGUGGGAGCUGUUCAACCUCGUUUCAGACCCGGGCGAGACUGAUGAUCUGAGCGAAAAGGAGCCAAAAAGGCUGAAAGAGAUGCUUGCAUUGUGGGAGGAAUAUAGAAAAGACGUGGGCGUUGUUGGUCUGGCUGGGGAGUACCCAAAGGCCAUUCAGGGCGCGCAGCAGACAACUCUGCAGGACGAGAUGGAAGAUCCGUAUGCAUGGAUCAAGUAUAUUGGAAGGCCAGAAAUAACGCCAAAGGAACUGGCGGGAAUUGUUCCAGCUGUAUAA